AUGAAGUACCUUGUUCAUGAAGUAGGCGAUCCCUUCAAACACGUUGGAAGUAGCAAGCUAUGGGGUGACAAUUUGCAGCGUAGUCUGACAGACCGUUUCACCCCGGCCACGCUCUCGAAGCUUGAGCAGCUCCGCUCCUGGAACGAGCAGCACGCGCGUGCCAUGGAAGCCUUGGAGCCAAUUGAAGGACCACUCAGCGAGGAGCUGUUGGCAGCUUUCUUUGACCAGGCUCAUCCCUUCUUCCCGAUCAUCGACGAGGAGGAUUUUCGACGGAAUUAUAUGGCAGGUCAAGCAUCUCACUUGCUACUGAAUGCGCUGUACUGUGUGGCAACAAUCCACUGUGGCAACAGUGUGAUACAGAGACUCGGGUUUGAUUCGAGAUACCUGGCUACUGUCACCUUCUACCAACGCGCCAAGUUCCUCUUUGACAGCGACUACGAUACAGACGGAAUUACGAAUCUUCAGGCAUGCGUUCUACUAAUCAACUGGUGGGGCUCCCCAAUGGAACAGAAAGACACCUGGCAUUGGCUUGGUGUCGCUGCGCAUCUAGCACAAUCACUUGGCAUGCACAGAGCCAAAUCAUACUCAAUCCUGGACCCCGGACGCCGAAAGCUGUGGCGGCGUAUCUGGUGGGUAUUAUUUAUAAACGAUAUACAUCACGCGGCUGUAUUUGGUCGACCACCCCACAUACACUCUCAAUACAGCGAUGUCGAGCCACUCAAUGCGGACGAUGUGUUCGCCUCCAGGACUAAUGACAGGACCUCGGACGAAGCUGACGUUUCUCUUGUCGACCUGUGCAAGCUUGCUUUGGUAUUGAACAAGUGCCUGCUCACCAAGUUUGCGGCAUCUGUCACACCCCGCGCAAUAUCUGAUGCGUACUCUGAGCUUGUUGAUUGUUCGGAUCGUUUUGUCUCUCGUGUUACGCAGAAUAGCGGCACUCUCACACUCGCCCAUGGGUUUUACCCGGCUGUACUUCGACUCAUACACCUGGACUAUCUGAUUGUGAUGCAGCGAAUGCUCUCACCCAGCGCUCCGGGGAUUGAUACCUCGGAUAUCGUCAAACAUGCUGGUCUGAUAAGCCGAAUUCUGGAAGAUUUCCUUUCUUCUGCCCCGGACCUGGUGACGCGGCUCCCGUUCCUGACAUUUCCAGCAAUUUUUUGCUCCAUACUGGUCAACGUUAUCUCAAUACGCAAGCAGCCUGGAAAUUUUGCAAUCCUAGCAGAGCAUCGAGCGAAUUUGGCCAUGGUGAUCCUCGACCAGCUGCAGGAUAGGUGGCCGCUGGUUGUGUGGACACGGUAUCUACUCCAGGUCUUGCUAAAGGAUACGAAGCGAGCUCCGCCAGCACUUGCCGCUGCCGAACCGACUGACGAGUACGCGCGGUCAGAUCAGUCACGCAACGACAAGUCGAAUUCGCAAACGAACAGCACUCCGCAAACGCCAGCAGUUCCUGGCGCAACGCAGCAGCAGCAGCGUCGUUCUCCCGAUGUCGGUAUCGGCUCCGGGGGCGACUCGAGAGAUACAAAUCGGACCGCGAUUUCCGACAGCAGCAGAUUCAAUCCAGAGAUUGAGGCGGAUCUCAGCUUCUCGCCGAUGCCUUUCCUUUUUCCACUAAACAGCUUGCUGGAGGACGCAGGUAUGGAAUACUGGGAUUUGGAGCAGGGCUUUGGGAACUUUGACACCUGA